ACGGACGUGUUGCGCGACAAUAUUUUCAGUAUUGCGCAAAAUUUUUAGUGGACGAUCGUGUUGUGUGAUAUAAUAUAAUUUAUACUUGAAAAGCAAAGAUGUCACAACAUCAACUAUUUUCACCAACAUCACCGUACAAGGUAACAACACCAAUGCAAGAAUAUAAUGACGAAAAUUUUCUUCUUACUCCUUUUCGGAAUCGGUCGCAAUAUAAUUCCGGCAUUAGCGGAGCACCGAACCCAACAGCAGCAAAUUUAUUAACAGAAGUUGCUACUUUGAAACGAAAGAUGGAUGAAGAAGGGGAAAAGAGUGAGGCGAGACAUAAGGAACUGAUGGCACAAAACUUAAUUUUUUACCAACAAGCGAUGAAACAAGACCUGUUGAUAAAGAGAAUUGCAGCACAGUGUUUUCCGGAUUCAGUUGACUUUAAAAUUAUUCCGUUCGGAUCGAUUGAGGAAAUAAAGAAUGUGGAAGCAAAUCUAGAGAAUUAUCCUAAAGGAGAGAUGGAUUAA